AUGAAGGUGGACACAUCCGGUCACUCAGCCAUUUCAUAUGUCCAGGCUUGGCUGCAAAGGUUGGACGACGGCGAUUAUGAUUUCCGGGAACAGCUGUCCGUGGAACUAAGCUGCCUUACAAAGGUCCUUUGCUGUUUUGCUAGCACAGUCCCCAGCGCCGAACAUGCAAGAGUCUCAGUGCAUGAGGGCAUCGUGGAGCUUUGGGAGAAGUAUUUGGUGGCCAACACCUCACAUGACUUGACCAUCGAAGCGACUGAUGGGGUCGUCACAGCUCAUGCUCAGAUGCUUAAAGGAGCAUCUGCUGUGAUAAGUGCUAUGUUGGCGUCGCCAAUGAAGGAAGGGCAAGCUCAACGCAUUCAAGUCAAAGACGUUCCAAAGUGUGCAGUGUCGCUCUUCUUAGAGAUUCUGUACACCUGCUCCACACAGAACGAGCCGGGCUACAAGACCACCUUGCAGGCUUUGGACAUAGCUCACCGAUGGCAAGUGGAUGUUGUGGUCACCAUCCUCGGGGACUUGCUUCAAGGCAUGAUCACCGAUGCCAACUUCUCAGAGAUUGCAGAGCAAGCUGUAUUGAAGGCAAGGGCUUAA